UUUUUCUAUGACGUGUGUAUUAUCACGUGAUUCGCACUGUUUUUCAAUGUUUUUAGUUUUUAUUUAUUAUUUAUUUAUCGAUUGAUUGAUUGAUUGGCCAUUACUUUUGAUUUCUCCGCACGGGUUGGUUGGCCACUGGAAAAAAAUUUAAGAUAUUAUUAUGAACCGAGCCGUACAUCUGAGGCCACUGUUAUUGGCCACAUGUUUGACGACACGCGCACCGACGACGGCGGCGGCGGUAAUCACUGUUGUUGGUGACCACCAACAGCAAUGUAUUUCGGCGAUAAGUUUGCGGACUUUUGCCACUACCGUAGGUUAUCAUCCGAGACGACGACGAUCAUCAUCAUCAUCAGUACAACAGCAAUGGCCACUACUGACUGCUGGCUACUGUGGCGGACAACUUGUCAACUAUACAUCGGUUAGAUCGAUGGCCAAAAAUCGCGACAAACCGAAAGACACGAAACAACGAAAGGGUGUGAAACCUAAGGUCGUACUGACCGACGAUGAAAUGACUGAAUUGAUUCCCAUCAGCGAACUGAAGAUCGAGUUGUCGGCAGUUGUCGAUCGGUUACGCAAUGACCUGACCAACAAUGUCUGUGUCCGCAGUAAUCCGCAGGCCAUCGAUAGUUUGGUGAUCGACAUCAAUGGUGCCAAACACCAGUUGAACGAAUUGGCACCGAUUAUACGCAAAAGUCCGCAACUGGUGGUCAUAAAUCUCGGCGCAAUGCCCGAAGCAGUCAAACCAGUGUUGGCGGCUAUGGCCGAGUCCGGAAUGAAUCUGAAUCCGCAACAAGAAGGCAACGUACUGUACGUAACGAUACCGAAAGUGACGCGCGAACAUCGCGAAGGUCUGGCCGGAAGUGCCCGUCAAUUGUGCCAAAAGGCCCGACAAGAUAUCAAAGAUAUUCAUUCGACGUUUGCUACGUAUGUACGCAAACAGCGGCAACGGUCGCACGUAUCCGAAGAUCUGGUCAGCAAUGUUAACGAUAAUCUCAAAUAUCUAAUCGAUGGCCGACUAAGCGAUUGCGACCAACUGUUGAACCAAAAACUUGAUGAACUGUUAAAAUAA